AUUAUUUUCAUGUCGUGUGCUCGCUGACCACUCCUUGAGACUUCAUUUCCCAGAGUUCCUUUCGGCGUCUGGGUGGAGGUGUCAUUGUCUUAUCAUUCUCAUCUUUGAUGGAGACACGGACUCCAGUCAGAAAUUGUCAGUCCCGGUUCUGAUGUCCGUCCUCCUCCACAGAUCUGCCACGGCUUUACAGAACCUCCAGUGUCCAGGACUCUGCGUCUCUUUAACUCGUCUCGGUACAGGUGGUUCAGGUCUCGGUUCUACGUGACCCAUAGUUCUGGCGUCGGAGAUGGACGCGGCCGAGUGCAGGGUAAAGGUGAUGUGUCGGUUCCGGCCUCUGAACGGAGCCGAACGGAACCGCGGAGACAAAUACAUCCCCAAAUUUAACGGAGCAGACACAGUGGUCGUAGCGGGAAAACCCUACGUGUUCGACAGAGUCCUAGAUCCAGAGACGGAACAGAUCCAGGUCUACGAUGUCUGCGCCAAACAGAUUGUUCGAGAUGUUUUGGGCGGAUACAACGGGACGAUCUUCGCAUAUGGACAGACGUCGUCAGGGAAGACACACACCAUGGAGGGGAACUUACACGAUCCUCGGCAGAUGGGAAUCGUUCCUCGGAUUUCCAGAGACAUUUUCGAUCACAUUUAUUCCAUGGAUGAAAACCUGGAAUUCCACAUUAAGGUCUCUUAUUUUGAAAUCUAUCUGGACAAAAUCCGAGAUCUGCUUGACGUGUCAAAGACAAACCUGGCUGUUCACGAGGACAAGAACCGGGUCCCCUUCGUAAAGGGUUGUACGGAGAGAUUUGUCUCCAGUCCUGAUGAAGUGAUGGACGUGAUUGACGAAGGGAAAGCAAACAGACACGUGGCUGUGACCAGUGAGCAUCUGUCUCCUCACCUGUCUGUCUGUCUGUCCUCACCCGCUGUCCUCACCUGUCUGUCUCUCUGUCCCACAGACAUGAAUGAGCACAGUUCUCGUAGUCACACCAUCUUCCUGAUCAACAUCAAACAGGAAAACGUGGAGACGGAGACCAAACUUUCAGGGAAACUUUAUCUGGUGGACCUGGCAGGGAGCGAGAAGGUGAGCAAGACCGGAGCAGAAGGCUCGGUGUUGGACGAAGCCAAGAACAUCAACAAGUCUCUGUCGGCUCUGGGGAACGUGAUCGCUGCUCUGAGCGAAGGGACGAAGACACAUGUCCCCUACAGGGACAGUAAAAUGACCCGAAUCCUUCAGGACUCCCUGGGGGGAAACUGUCGGACCACCAUCAUCAUCUGCUGCUCCCCGUCGGUCUACAAUGAGACCGAGACCAAGUCCACUCUCAUGUUUGGACAGAGAGCUAAAACCAUCAAAAACACCGUUUGUCUGAAUCUGGAACUGACGGCGGAAGAAUGGAAGAAAAAAUAUGAAAGUGAGAAAGAAAAAUGUCGGAGUCUCAACGUCCUGGUCCAGAAACUGGAGCAGGAACUGAAACGUUGGAGAAAAGGGGAGUCGGUACCUGAGGCGGAACAGCUGAGCAACAGAAAAAAGAAGAGCAGCAGUGAGACGAAGGGGGCGGUGAAGGGGGAGGAGGAGGAGGAGGCUGCAGCCUCUGUCCCUCUGUCUGACAAAGAGAAGGUUCAGUACGAGACCCUGAUCACAGACCUGUACCAGCAGCUGGAUGACAAGGACGAUGAGCUCAACCAGCAGAGUCAGAGCAUCGAGAAACUUAAGCAGCAGCUCCUGGAUCACGAGGAGCUCCUGACCUCCAGUCGUCAGCACCAAGAGCGUUUGCAGGAAGAGCUGUCUCAGCUGCAGAAGGACAACGAGUCAGGUAAACAGGAGGUGAAGGAGGUUCUGCAGGCGCUGGAGGAACUCGCUGUUAACUAUGACCACAAAAGCCAGGAAGUAGAGGAGAAGAACCACACCAACCUGAAACUUAACCAGGAGCUGGCCCAGAAAACUGUGAGUCUGGAGACCAUUCAGAGAGACUUCUCCCAGCUCCAGGAUCUCAGCUGUCAUCACAAGAAGAGGUCAGCAGAAAUCCUCAACCUCCUGCUGAGGGACCUUGGUGACAUCGGCAAAGCCCUGGGAACCACUGAACCAGUCAAGGUGACAGAGGCCGGCGGAGCCUUGGAGGACGACUUCACCGCCGCUCGUCUCUACAUGAGCAAGAUCAGCUCCGACGCCAAAUCAACAGUGAGUCGGAGCAGACACCUGGAGAUGAAGCUGCAGGAGAACAUCCACAGCCGGGAGGAGCACGAGAAGGAGCUGGGCAGUCUGCAGCUGCUGGUCUCGCAGCUUCAGACAAAGGGGGAGUCACUGAGCGCCGCCCUCCACGAGGUGGAGCUAAAGAAGCGCCAGUUGGAAGAGAAUCAAGACGCUCUGAUGGAAGAGGUCGCUAAACUGCAAGCUGAAGGUCAGCUGAUGGUCAAUGACAAAGAGAAAGACCACAUGAGGCUGAAAGACGCCGUGGAGAUGAAGAGAACGUUAGAAGAACAGAUGAAGAACCACAGAGAGGUCCAUCACAAACAUCUGAGGAGCCUGAGGGAUGAGCUGGAGCAGAAACAACGGGACCAGGAUCAGCUCAGAGAUCUUUUUCAGGCCCUGCAGCUGGAGAACAGGAAACUCAUGUCAGACUUUGACAAAAUCAAAUCUGAGGAGGAGAAAAAGGAGAAAAACCUCCAGAAACUGCAGUUUCUCAACAAGAAGCGAGAACAAGCCCGAGAAGACGUGAAGGGUCUGGAGGAGACCGUGGUCAAGGAACUUCACACGUUGAAUAAUCUUCGUAAACUCUUCAUCGACGACGUCGGCACCAGAUUGAAGAACAUUUCAGAAUACGAUUCUGACGAGGCCGGCGGAAGUUUAGCCCAGAGGCAGAGAAUCAUAUUUCUGGAAAAUAAUCUGGAACAGCUCGGCCGUGUCCACAAACAGCUGGUGCAGGACAACGCAGACCUGCGCUGUGAGCUGCCAAAGCAGGAGAAACGCCUGCGAGCGACGGCAGAGCGAGUCAAAUCUCUGGAAUCCCUGCUGAGAAACGCCAAGGAGACUGCGGCCAAAGACCGAAAGCGGUACCAACAGGAAGUGGACCGCAUCAAAGAGCUCUGGUCCAAGAACGUCCCCAGAAGGGGAUACUCCGCCCAGAUAGCUAAGCCAAUCAGGGCGGGGCAUCAGAAUCUGUCCUCGGCUUCAUCCAUCAGGCCAACAAUCAGAGGCGGCGGGUCUUUGUCAAGUCCACGCCACCACGCCUCCCGCCCGGAAGCACAACAGUACCAACGACCACCGUCAGCAAAAGUGCCACAGCUGCGUUAAAUGUAAAGAGGCGGGGCAACAGUGAUGACAUCAGCAUCACCACCUGGGCCAGAAAGUAAAGACAAACAACACAAGAGGAAGAAGAAGAA